AUGAUUGACGACCAGGACCUCGGCUUCUUUGCCAACUUUCUUGGUAUCUUUAUCUUUGUGCUGGUCGUUGCUUACCAUUAUGUGAUGGCAGAUCCAAAAUAUGAAGGCAACUGAAAGUUGCUUAUUCCAAAUGAGCUUCGGCAACAAUAGUUAUGUUAGUUGCUUAUUUCAAAUUAGCUUCAGCAACAAUAGUUAUGUUCAUUUGCCUUUGGCCGCUCUAUAUGAUAGAUAUUGAGUUUUGAUGUGGUGAAACAUUUAUUACUGGGCAUUGAGUUGUAUCUGACUGCUUCCGGUCCAUAGAUAACUUGGCUAAAACUAUUGAUCGGUACAUUGCUGUCUCUGUGAUUUGCACCUCUAAAGGACUAAACGUUAGUGGCACUAAAGAUUUGGAACUUCCAACAUUAAUAAAGAUCCAUAGUUGCCUGCA